GCCCUGGACAGAGAAAACCACGGCUGUUGCUCGGUUUGUUCAGUGUGGGUGACUGCUGUGUGAUAACAGUAGGGUCUUAGAGCUAGAAGGGAAAAAAUCAGGAGCAGUGUAAACGCAAGCUUUUUCCGCUUAGUAACACGUAAAACGAUGAAUGGUAAGUCAACGAACGGCACACUGGGGGGAAUGGCCUGUAUCGAGGGUCUGCCGCCGCUGCCGAAGAGCCUGAGCGGGUUGCUAAACUCAAGCGGCGGCUCCUGGAGAGAAAUGGAGAGGAUGUACGUGAAGAAAACCAUGAUCCAGGACGACCUGAGCCGAGGCAGGAACAAUGCCGAUAACCUACUAGCCAACAAGCCGGCCAACCUCGACGCUGCUUUGGCUCUACUGCGAAAAGAGAUGGUGGGUUUGCGUCAGCAGGAUAUGUCCCUGCUGUGCCAGCUGUGGUCGCUCCACGAGUCCAUCCAGGAGUACAAGGGGAGCUGCCAGGACCUGAGCGCAGCCUCCAGUCUCAGCAUGAUGGAGAAUGGCUACUUUGACGAGGAUGACGAGUAUUACCCGGAGCCUGGCUCCACUCCCACCGGGGAACAGCCGGAUGGAGACACUGGAGACGGGACGGCAACAAUGGCAGCAGCCAAGAAUGGGAGCAGCAGUGGCAAAGAUGACAGCUGGGACUCCUUUCGCGUCAACAUCUGAGGCCUCGUUGUCAGCAUUUUCCUGAGUGUGGAUGCAUAUUUCGGGGUUGACAGACUGGAUUAAGCUGGAGGAGAAACCUUUUUGGCCUCCAGGGAGGGAGUGGCUGGUGGGAGACUGCAGACUGUGGUCUUAUUGAAGUGUAAAGUUCCAGCUAAACUUAAACCCCUCCUCAGGUGAAACAUUUACCUGCUUGUGCUGCAGAAUGUUGUUUUGCAGCAUGACCAGGAGCUUCAUCAAACUGUAGACCUGAGCGCUCAGAUAUUUUGAUGAGUUACACGCUUAACGCCCUCUGAAACACUCAGGAGUUGUGAUGAAUUGUUUCCAGAGACUCCAUAUACUCAAAAUUAGGCAAUAUACGUAUAUAUAAAUAUAUACACACACACUUCUUUUUAUAAACAGCUCUUCUGCUGCUUCUAUAUCAGUUUGUUUUGCUAGACAGUCACUCUUUUUUGGGGGAACUUUUUUUACAUAUACAAAAAUAUAUGAACAAAGUUUUAUUAUUUAUUAUAUAAUAUAAAUAACAAAAUAUUUGCUUUCCUGUUACUCUCUACGGAUGUUUUCUACUGCACCACUACCCGGCAUUUACAGAAAGGAAAGGAUCUCAGAAAUCUGAGUGGGAUUUCUGAACUCUGCAAUCAGCACUGGUGCAACAAGAUGAUCGACUUUGGACAUAUUAAUGGACAUAUUAAUAUUAAUGGAGACAGUGUGUGUGUGUGUUACUUCUAAGUGGUGAUUUACGUAAAUCCAUAGGGUCCAGCCAGAAGUGGUCAGACCUCAUUAAUGGAGAAAGUGGUGAGGUUCUCAUACUCGAGCGAGUUCAUGUGCAGGUAUGAGGUCUGCACCGUCCCGCCUUUAGGUAGAGCAGGUAUCUGCUCUGAAAAUGUGAAAUGUUCAAAAUGCUGGAAACAGUUUGGGCUGUUUGAAGAGGCAACCCCCCCAGUCCUGUGUGCUUGGCUGCAUAUAGAAUGCUUCCCUGAACCUCCAAAGCAGUUAGUGCUUCAACACUUUACAGGCAAAUCUGACGUGUCACUGUUCUCGGACUUUGUGGUGUGCAGGACAAAUGUGCCUGAAUCUAACUCUCCGCUUUAGUAUUACCUGUCUUUGAGCUACAUUUACUUACAGGUUAAAGCAUAACUCGGUUUGUUACUGGUUCUUGGUUUCAUCAUAUGUAUUAAAUUAAGUGGGGGGUCUAAGGAUAUGACUCUCCCUGUACUUUUUUCCAGACAUGCUCCCAUUAUCAAGGGUUGACUAGUUCAAACAUUGACUUAAUGAUGGCCACCUGGGUGAAAGUUCAUCACCUUUAUUUGAAUAGAUGAAUAAACAAAUGAAAAGAUAUACAAAUAACCUCAUAGGUGGAGAGAGAGUGAGAGUGAAAUGAAGAAAGCACAGAUGUGUGUCAGUCAGCUGUUGGGAUAAAGGAAAAACCAGACUAAAACAAGAUACAAUAUUGCUAAAGAAAAAAAAAUGUGUUUAGGUGUUCCCAGAUCUCCAAUAUUACUUUCUUGAGAGCAGUAUUAGUAAAAUUGAUAAAGAAUAACUCUCUUGCUUCAGCUUGGGUACUCUUGCCAUUUCUAACAUAGAUGAUGAUGUUGAAAAACAAAAACGUAUUGAGCUAUAAUCAUAUAACCAGCUUUGAGAGCUAAAAUGUAGCCAAGAGUUGAGCCGUGAUCUAUCCAUAAUUUGGUUUUGGUGAAACAUUUAUUAUCACAGUAACUUUGAUGGGAAACAAACCUGCAGUUUUUCAUGGUGUCGUUUGUUUUACAAAAUUCUUUUUAAGUGGGACCUAUUGUGCUCAUUUCCAGCUUCAUAUUUUCAUUCUUGGACUCUGCUAGGGUAGCUUUGCAUGAUUCCUGGUUCAAAAUAAUCCUUAUUUGUCUUAUACUGGGCUGUUGUGCAACCCCUCUGUUCGUCCACUGUCUAAAACAAGCAGGUUUUAUUUCCUCUCUUCUGAUUGGCUGCCCCUCACAAACAGGUUUGAAUGUACAAGUAUGUCUGGGAUGUCCACAUGGACAUCAUACAGAGCCAAAAGUAGAAAAAAACAGUUUAAACCCAAGCGUUUAGAGUAGUCUAAAAGCUGAGCUUUUGCAGGGAUUUCUUGCUGACCUCGUUAUUUGAAACUUUGUCCAUGUUUAAUUUGAACAUCCAUUUUUGUAACACUAUAUUUAUGAAAGAAAAUAAGGAAAAGCAUAAUAGGUCCCUUUUAACCUUUUCUGGUCACUGUGGUCUUAAAUUAUCACCUGCAGUCUAAACAAACAGCUGUAGCUCUAAACCUAGUAGCAACUAUCAAAUGAAAAUGGGGUGCUUUAUACUUUUAUGCAUCGAGAUCUUAACCAAUCUCAUUUUAGCAUCAUAUGCUCUGUUGAGUCUGACAGAUGCCUGUACAGGGUUAAGCUCGUUUUUAAGUCGUCCCAGAAGGAUAUAAAUGUCAUUAUAUCAGCGUUCGAACAUCUCUGCAUAUGUUGUAGCGGCUGUUUAAUUAUCUCUGCUUUAUCCUGUAGUAGAUGGGGAAUUUCCAUAACAAUAUGAAAUUGGGCACUAGCAAGAUUGUAACAAAAUAGUGUCUUUUUAAAUCAAGAGAACUUGCCUUCAUUGCCUCAUCAAUAUAAAAAAAUCAAACACUGAUAACAGUAAGUUAAAAUUCUGCUGUUUCAAUUAAAAAUCUUAACAAAAACACUUCCCAAAGCAGACUCAAUUCAACCUCUUAAGUAUGUCUUUUAAGACUGUUGGAUGUGCAUAUCUUGCAUAUGAAUGUUCUAAACUCUGCAGCAAACGUCUCAGCUGAGCCUGUAGCAUGUAACACCACAGUAAACAGUGGCUGUGUUCUCAAUCAAAAACUGACCUUCUGAUUUCGCCAUCACUUCGAUAAGGCGUAGAGUUCAUCUUUGCAGAAAUGUGUUCAUAUUUGUCAUCUGUCUGUACAUCGGUCCACUAUUUGAACACAAACCAAAGAAAGUACAUCACUCAGCACUGAUAUCUUGAUGAAUGUCUAUACGAGUUGUUUUGCAGCUGAUGAUUGGAGGACAGUUAGUUCGGUUUUUGAAGUGUUGACUGCUUUUUUCCCCACUCAAAGAAAGACCAGCGUUUUCAGUUGACUGACUGAAAAUGUCACCGACCAAUGAAAGUCGAGAGGAUUAAUUUAUCGUGUCAUGUAAAGUGUCAGGUGUGUGGCAACAACAUCUGGGUGUAAAACUAGUUUCACACUUGAUCUUCUAACAUUGAAAAUGUGUCUACAAGGAGAAUUACUGACACAUUUAAAUGAAACAGUUUAACAUUUUUGGAAAUACGAGGAGAAAAUCAGUACUAUGCUCAUACUGUAUGCGCAUGAACAUAAGGACGAGCCAGCACAACGACUAGAUAGAUGAGGAAGUAGCUAGCAUUGCUCGGGCUUAAUGGCUCGGUUUCCCAGACAUGGAUUAAGCUUAGCUAGGCCACAAACCUUUUCCAGUGGAGGUCUUCAUUGGAUUUAGCCUGGGAUGAGGUCUAAUCUGUGUUGGGGAGUCACAGAGCCCAUUGGCAAGCACUUUUAAAGUUACCAUUUGGCAUGUUUUUGGUGUGAUCCACACAAUGAGAAACAUGGGAAGUGGCAGGAAAAGAGAAGCUGGAAAAUUCCCAAAAUGUCAAACUGUUCUUUUCCAAGUCUACUGAUGUCUUAACCUCCUGAGACCCAAACUCUUGUUUGAGAUUUAAAUUUCUUGUAGCUAUUUGGAAUAAGUUUGACCUGAUGAGAAUUUAAAAAAAAAAUUAAGCAUAAUCUUUGAACAGAAAGUAAUUUUUAAAUCACAAUAAUGCCCUCAUAUGGGAACACAAGGGCACCAUUGUUUAACAUACGAUGCUUUAUUAAGCACAAUAGCAUAUGAGGUGCAGCAAAGCCAAACUGUAUUGUUCCCAUAUGAGGAUGUAGGGUCUCCAGAGGUUGAUGAUUAUCUUUUUUUUCUGAUCUACAUUUGGAUUGACUGUGACAUUUUCUGCCUCUAGCAUAUGUACCUACUCAUGUUUAAUCUGAAAAUUUCCAGAAUGCAUCUGUAACUUUCUAAGUAGAGCCUGAAAGCUAUUAUUAUUCAACAGAAUCCAUUGAUUUUUGGUUCCAGUGUCUUGAUAAGUUCAAAUGAAUGUUUGUGUUGCUCUGUUACUUUUUAUGAUUCCACAUUGUCUGUGCAGUAAACCUGGAUAUAACUAAUAUUUCCAGUCAGAUUUCCCAUUUAGGGUCACUUGAAGCACCUAUUUUAUUACUGCAGUCUACUGCUAAUCUGAACUGAAAGCACGUUUGAUUAAACAGCAUAACCGAUGAAGUUUAAAACACGAGUCGCAUCUUGACCCCAGGCUUUCUAUUGGAUGUCUACACAAUUAGUGCCUUUAUAAACUCUAAGGUCCCAGACCUGUGGCUUGCUGUUCAAAAUGGGAAUGAGAAUAUAUCAUAAGUCAUUUGAAUUCCUUGGGCUGUACUUUGGCUUUUAAAGCUGCUACAUGUGGAAAUUGCUAAAGUCAUUAGUUUUCAGUCUCAGCCGUCUCUUUCUGAAGUUGUGCCAGAGAUAAAUUAAUGUCAUGCUGCGCAAAUGUUAGCGAUCUAUGCUGCUGUCCUCUAAUUCCAAAAAUUCCCACCAAGAGCUGAUUAAAAGCUGUACAAGCGGUAAGAAAUUUUGACCCAGUUAGAAAGAUGUGGGCUUUUUCACACUCGGCUGUUAAUUAUGUCCUAUGUCAAAAGAUUGUUUGGUCUUUUAUUGGCAGGGAUGCAGCUGUUGGGAGCGGUGUACUGCUGACACCCUGUGAAAUUUGAGUUGCUUCGGUUAAAGCGAGACGCAUCUCUUCUUAUUUUGGUUGAUGCUCUGAAGAAAUUGUACACCUCCCAAAAAGGACCCGGACAUAUGACAUCUCUUCCUUCAGAAUACACUUCAAAUUACAUGCAGCAGCUUUAAAGUCAGCCGAGUCAUGUGCAAACUGAACUACGUGGUGCACUCCUCACUUGUUGUUCAGCUCUGUUUUUGCACUCGUUUGUGCCUGUUGUUGUGUAAAAUCCCCAAAAAUACAACUACCUGAUCCUCUUUGUCACUAUUACGCAGGCACAUGGUGCUCUUUGUACACUUCUGUAGCUAAAUCCAGCACAAGAGAGCUAAAAAAAAAAAAAAAAAAAAGCUUUAAAUUGAACACCAGCAAAUUGUACCUAAUAUUGUACCAUUACCAAGUGUGUUUCCUGCUUCUGUACACUAAAAUAUGCCCUUUUUUCACAUGAUUAUUGGAUGUGUAACAUGGAGAUGUCAUCUCAGGGUAAACUUAAAAUGUUCUUUUUGGUAGAGAAAAUGACAUGUUUCCCUUAGACAUUGGAUCUUGGGCUAAAGGUAAACAAUGCUGUGUCACACCCACGUACAGUGAGUUAUCAUUUUGGUUACAUGUUUUGGUGCAAGUCUCAUAAUCAAAGAGCAGGAGCUUCUUUCUAGACUCAGCACUUUGUACCAACUUGGAACAAUCAUGAGGCAAAGACGCCAAGCACAAAAAAAACCAAAACACAAUAGCUCGACAUAGUUUGACUUAAGUGGAGAUAACUGCUGUAAUCACAGUCACGCCUAAGUGUUCACACCCAUGCUGUAGUGGUUGUGAAAAAGUAUUUUGGAAAACCUACGGAGGGUUGUGGCACUUGAAUGAAGAGUAAUUUGAGCUUCUGUGUGUGUGCUGCUUCUUCAGCUGACCAAAUUCUGACCUGUGUCCAAACCUGGGUUUGAGAAUGUUUUUGAGCCAAGAAAAACAAGGCACUACAUUACUUUACAGGUGACAUAUUUAUCAUUAGGUUUGAGUUUGUAGCUUGUAACCUAUUGAGAAAUCAGAGAGAGAAAUGAAAUUUCAUUCAUACUUGUACUUCAUAUCUCUCAUCAUUCAUUAAAUUGCUAUAAUGGAAAGUUUUUUUUUUUUAUGUAGAGCAUGUGAAGGCUGUGUUGCUGCCAUUGAUCAUUCCUCCUGUUCUGUAAUCAAUCAAUGACCAUACUGCUGUUUGUUUGGACAGUUCUCCCAUCAUAGUUAUUAUACUGAUAUGAAUUUAAUAAAGUGAUUCCAUACUUUU